CUGGAGAAGGAAACAAGAACGCAGUCUCCGCCAAUGAAAGGAGAAGAAGUACCACAGAGUGUAGGCAGGUUGCCAAGUGAGCUCGGCAGCGUGACGGAGCUGCAUUGAGUUUCUUUAAUGAAAGCCAGGAAAGAACACAUUACACAGUGUUUCUUCAGAGAGCUAAGCUAGCCUCCAGUGAUUGAAAUCAAUAAAAACAGUCGGCAAGGGGCCCAAGUGGGGGGAGAACCAAAUCUACACUUCAGGACUCAGUUUGCUUUCCAGUUUCCCCCCUUCCUUCAGAAGUUAAACUUUGAAAAACUAUAUGCUACUCCUUGCAGGACUCUAAAGGUUUUUAAAAAAUUAUUUUUGGUCCAGGGGCUUGGCGAGUGGACAGCCGCUUUAAGCUUCCUUCCAACUCACCCCCUCCAUUCUCUUUUACAGCGUGGGCAGCAAUGAAAGGAUUGUUUUGAACGUGAAACCUGCUGAGAAGGACACCUCCGGACAAGUGCCUGAUCUUACGACUUGGGGUGGGGGUGGGGGGCAGAGAGGAUGAAGCCUGUAACAGAAAAACGUGUGAAGAAAUGAAAGAGGAAGUAAAACAUGGAAUUUUGUUCAGAAGAAAGCUCUCUGUCUGGAUAGCAUGUCAGCUGCUGUUGUGGUGAAUUCUGAAGCUGCUGAAGAGACAGCCUUGAAGGGGGGUGAUUCCACACUAAAGCAGAAAAACCUGAGAAUUCAUGGUCAGUUAAGAGUUCAGGAUCAAUCUCAGAAAUGAGACACUGGAGCUUUUGCUGAACUUACUCUGAGAAAGUUCCAAUUUGAGGAGCAAAAUGUUUCUGCCUGCUGUCAAGAAGCCUACAUACUUCACUCUGAGGCAAGGUAGUGCAUACCAGGAAAGCUGGUGACCAGCCGAGAAGACAUACACGUUAAGGUCACUAUGUGGAACUGCGAAUCUUUCAAUGGUACCAAAAGCAUAGAGGACCAGCAUCUUUGCCAUGAUUUCCAUCUUGUACUUUCCAUUUUUUCAUUGCUCUACCUCAUCAUCUGUUUCCCAAUUGGCCUGUGUUAUAAUGCCCUACUGGUGCUAGUCAACCUAUACAACAAAGCAACUAUGACCAUGCCAGAUGUUUACUUUGUCAAUAUUGCAAUUGCUGGCCUCAUCAUCAAUGCUAUUGCACCAAUGUACCUUCUAGGACCUGCCAGUACAAAAUGGGCCAUCUGGAGUUUCAACAAUGAAGUCUACAUUACCUUGCUUAUCUUGUUCAAUGUAUCAUCUCUGGUUAUCAUGUAUUCUACCACACUGCUCAGCCUGGACUACUACAUUGAACGUGCUUUGCCAAGAACUUACAUGUCUAGUGUAUACAACACAAAGCAUGUAUGUGGAUUUAUUUGGGGAGGAGCUAUGCUUACCAGCUUUUCAUCUCUUCUGUUUUAUGUCUGCAACCAUGUCUCCACUAAAAUAAUAGAAUGUUCCAAAAUGCAGAACAAAGAAGCAGCAGAUGCCAUCAUGGUUUUUAUUGGAUACGUCGUACCAGCCAUUGCUGUGCUGUAUGCGCUUGUGUUAAUUCUGCGAAUACGCAAAGAGGCAACACCGCUGGACCAAGACACUGGAAGAUUAGAUCCAUCAGUACACAGGCUUUUGAUUGCUACUGUUUGUACACAGUUCACAUUAUGGACACCUUAUUAUGUAACUCUUCUAGUAAACACAUUAACUAGUAUGCAAGGAAAAGUCACGGAUGAAAAUUACACUAGAGUAUUACAUUUUACCAAGGGACUGUCAAAAUUCUUGGCUUUUUCAAGCAGUUUUGUCAUGCCUCUACUUUACCGAUACAUCAACAAAAACUUUCCAAUCAAAUUGCGAAGGCUGCUUAAAAAACUGCACUGUGGAAAUCAAGGAUGCUCUCAUGAACGCACGGUUGUUCAACAAGUUAUAACGUAGGUAUGAAUGAAUGCCAGUGGGCCAGAACCUAGUUUGGAAAGCUUGUUCUCUUAUUCUCCAAGUUUCUCUUUUGUGCAGGUCACCUAGCAAGGAUGAUAGGAAAGGGGGUUUACACUGUAAAUCAGGAGCUCUCAGUUUUAAACUAUACAGGUAAUGAAGAUGGUUAGAAAAUUGUUCAGAUUCCAUCUGCAGGUUACCCUUUGAUUUCUGAGAUUUCAAUGCACUGAUUCAGUUACACUAUAUGAGCUUUGUUCUGAGAAUUCUGCCUGGAGAAAAUCACUAGAGGGCCAAAAAGCUUUGACUGAACACCUAGCACUUUGUAAUCUUCUAGAGCUAAACAGAUAUGGUAUUUUUUAUGUUCCAUAUAAAAUAACAUGAUUUUUAAUUUUACAAAGUGGUUUUAUUUCAAGAUGAGGAGAGUACCUUUUCAUUGAGAUACUCUCCACUAAUGAUCAUACUGGUCCAAUUGUGUAGCACUCUAAACAAUGAAGUAUCAAGGAUAAAAUUACUUUAGUAUUUAAUUAUAUUUUCUUGCUUAUUUUGCAAAAUCAUAUUGUAAAAGGAGGGUCUAUUUGCAAUUCUAAAACAGAUUAUUUGCAAAUUAAUAUUUGUUUUAAUGUAUCUUUAAUUAUUCAUGUUUUCCUACAUUUAGCAAUGCAUCAAAAGAAGCAUUUAUAUGUUUUUCUUACUUUGUAUCACAAAAACAUUUCAAUCAGUCAGAAGUAGCCACUUUUAGAAAAAGUUAGAAAAACAAAAAUAUUGCUUUACCUAAUAAAAUGAAGGACAAAUUUAAUAUGAAAAAAUUAAAAAGCACAUGGGUUAAA